UGAGUGAGAGCUCUUCUUUCGCACGCCUCUCUCUGCUGCUCACUGUAAACGUAAGGGACGUCACACGUCGAGCGCCGCACACACAUCCGUCGCUAUUGGACCUUUCCGAAGGCAUCGAGGUUCUGUUCGGUACCAUUUUACCUCCGUGUUUAUCGCUAGACUUUUCGAGUGGAGUUCACGUCCACGUAGCGACGAACGCAUAAUACGGUUCGGACUCGAAAACUAUUUUGGACGAACACCGGAAAACACUUGAGUGAAUCGAAGUUGAGUCGAAAUGAGUGUGGAGGCGUACGGGCCAAGCUCCCAGACCCUCACCUUUUUGGACACCGAGGAAGCGGAGUUGCUAGGAGCGGACACCCAGGGCUCCGAGUACGACUUCACCGACUUCACCCUCCCAAGCCAGACACAGACCCAGGGACAGACCCAGAGCCAACUAGACAGCCAGGUGAACGGUCCCGAUGAAGGUCUCCACAACGGCGGAGUGGAAGAUUCUGUGGCCAAAGCCAGUCAGCUGUUGGCAGAACUCAAUUUUGAGGAGGACGAAGAAGAUGCCUAUUACACUAAGGACCUUCCAGUACACGCUUGCAGCUAUUGUGGUAUUCAUGAUCCAGCUUGUGUGGUGUAUUGCAACACUAGCAAGAAGUGGUUCUGCAAUGGACGUGGAAAUACAUCUGGCAGCCACAUUGUAAACCAUCUGGUGCGAGCCAAAUGCAAAGAGGUGACCCUUCACAAAGAUGGCCCAUUGGGAGAGACUGUACUGGAAUGUUACAAUUGUGGAUGUCGCAACGUUUUCCUCUUGGGUUUCAUCCCCGCCAAGGCUGAUUCUGUUGUGGUGCUGCUCUGUAGACAGCCUUGUGCCAGCCAGAGUAGCCUGAAAGACAUCAACUGGGAUAGCUCCCAGUGGCAGCCGCUGAUUCAGGACCGCUGUUUUCUUUCAUGGCUGGUUAAGAUUCCAUCGGAGCAGGAGCAGCUGCGUGCCCGACAGAUCACUGCACAGCAAAUCAACAAGCUGGAAGAACUCUGGAAGGACAACCCCACUGCCACCUUGGAGGACUUGGAGAAGCCAGGUGUAGAUGAGGAGCCGCAACAUGUGUUGCUGCGCUACGAGGAUGCCUACCAGUACCAAAACAUUUUUGGUCCUUUGGUUAAACUUGAGGCUGAUUAUGACAAGAAGCUCAAAGAGUCUCAGACUCAAGAUAAUAUAACAGUAAGGUGGGACUUGGGACUGAAUAAGAAGCGGAUUGCAUAUUUCACUCUGCCGAAGACAGAUUCAGAUAUGCGCUUAAUGCAAGGUGAUGAGAUCUGCCUGCGGUACAAAGGAGACCUCGCACCUCUAUGGAAAGGGAUCGGCCAUGUCAUCAAGGUUCCAGACAACUAUGGUGAUGAAAUUGCUAUUGAACUGCGGAGCAGUGUUGGAGCCCCUGUGGAAAUUCCCCAUAACUUCCAGGUGGAUUUUGUUUGGAAGGCUACUUCCUUUGACAGAAUGCAGAGUGCUCUGAAGACCUUUGCUGUGGAUGAAACAUCUGUAUCAGGCUACAUUUACCACAAGCUUCUUGGUCACGAAGUGGAAGAUGUUACCAUGAAGUGUCAGCUGCCCAAGCGUUUCACUGCUCAGGGGCUACCUGAUCUCAAUCACUCACAGGUGUAUGCUGUGAAGACAGUGCUGCAGAGGCCUCUGAGUCUGAUCCAGGGUCCUCCUGGUACUGGCAAGACUGUCACCUCUGCCACUAUUGUCUAUCACCUGUCACGUCAGGGCAACGGACCAGUUCUGGUGUGCGCUCCCAGCAACAUUGCAGUGGACCAGUUGACCGAGAAGAUUGACAAGACUGGGCUUAAGGUGGUCAGGCUUUGUGCCAAGAGCCGUGAAGCUAUUGAGUCACCAGUGUCUUUCCUGGCAUUGCAUAACCAGAUCAGCAAUAUGGACAGCAUGCCAGAACUUCAGAAACUGCAGCAACUGAAGGAUGAAACCGGUGAGCUGUCUUCUGCCGAUGAGAAGCGCUAUAGAGCAUUAAAACGGACUGCUGAGAGGGAGCUGCUAAUGAACGCAGAUGUGAUUUGCUGCACCUGCGUUGGUGCAGGGGACCCUCGCCUGGCCAAGAUGCAGUUUCGCUCCAUUCUGAUUGAUGAAAGCACCCAAGCCACUGAGCCUGAGUGUAUGGUGCCUGUUGUGCUCGGAGCAAAGCAGCUCAUUCUAGUUGGGGACCACUGUCAGCUGGGUCCUGUGGUGAUGUGCAAGAAGGCCGCCAAGGCAGGGUUAUCCCAAUCCCUUUUCGAGCGCUUGGUGGUUCUGGGAAUACGGCCAAUUCGCCUUCAGGUCCAGUACCGAAUGCAUCCAGCUCUCAGCGCCUUCCCGUCUAACAUCUUCUAUGAGGGCUCCUUGCAGAAUGGCGUCACAGCAGCUGACCGCAUCAAGAAGGGCUUUGACUUCCAGUGGCCACAGCCAGACAAACCAAUGUUCUUUUAUGUGACUCAAGGCCAGGAGGAAAUUGCUAGCUCUGGAACCUCCUACUUGAACAGGACCGAAGCUGCAAAUGUAGAGAAAAUCACCACUAGGCUGUUGAAGGCUGGUGCCAAACCUGACCAGAUUGGGAUCAUCACUCCAUAUGAAGGGCAGCGUUCUUACCUGGUCCAAUAUAUGCAAUUCAGUGGCUCUCUGCACACUAAACUGUAUCAGCAAGUGGAAAUCGCAAGUGUGGACGCCUUCCAGGGCAGAGAGAAAGACUUCAUCAUCCUGUCUUGUGUUCGUGCCAACGAGCACCAGGGCAUCGGCUUCUUGAAUGAUCCGCGUAGACUUAAUGUUGCUUUGACCAGAGCCAAGUAUGGAGUGAUCAUUGUGGGGAACCCCAAGGCUCUUUCUAAGCAGCCACUGUGGAACAACCUGCUGAACAACUACAAGGAGCAGAAGGUCCUUGUGGAGGGACCCCUCAACAACCUAAGGGAGAGUCUUAUGCAGUUCAGCAAGCCACGCAAGUUGGUUAACACCAUCAAUCCUGGCGGACGUUUCAUGAGCACUGCGAUGUAUGAUGCUCGAGAAGCUCUUAUUCCUGGCUCUGCGUAUGACCGGAGCAAUACUGUAGGUCGCCCGUCAAACAUGUACUUCCAAACACACGAUCAGAUUGGGAUGAUUGGGACAGGUCCUGGUCAUAUGGCUGCAAUGAAUCUCCCAAUACCCUUCAACCUGGUCAUGCCCCCCAUGCCGCCACCUAGCUACUUAGGCCAAACUAAUGGCCCCGCCGCAGGCCGUGGAGCGAUGAAGGGCACUAAGCCGGGGCGCGGUGGGCGUCAAAGGCCCCGUGGCUCAGCAACCCAAGGUGCUGGUCAUGGACCAAACAGCCAAGCUAGCCAGGAUGGGGCCUCCCAGUCUUUCUCGCAGGGGCCUCUGACUCAAGGCUACAUCUCCAUGAGUCAGCCUUCCCAGAUGAGCCAGCCUGGUCUCUCCCAACCUGAACUGUCCCAGGACAGUUACUUGGGUGAUGAGUUCAAGUCCCAAAUCGACGUGGCUUUGUCCCAGGACUCGACUUAUCAGGGUGAACGUGCAUACCAGCAUGGUGGGGUGACUGGCCUGUCACAGUACUAGAGUGUUGCUUGAAGAAGUGAGCUAGGCUUGAGCUGAGCUUAGUUCACUAGCUUUUUAAUCUGGGAAAUAAUAAAAUCAUUAAAUGGAUACCUGUUUUCCUCUGCUACAACCGAAGCACCACCGAGUGAAAGCGACGGAAUAGCAAACCAAUGACCAGCGAGAGAAAUAAGAGGGUAGAAGACGAGGGCACGGAGAGACGGGCGGGGAGGAGGCGAAAGGCCGGUGGACAGGCAGGAGGCGGGCACCCACGGCGGUGCGAGGAGGGAAGUCGACAAGGCCGAGGGAUAGCGAGGGGAGGCGCCGACGGUCUCCAGGCUUAAACGCCAACCCAAAUGUCCAACAAAUAUCCUUCACCUCGCAGACGGCGGGUGACUCUUGAAGAUGAAUUUGAAGAAUUGGUUCUCCAGGCUUGCAUGACGCAGGAUCGCAGAAAGUGGUCCAACAGGCAGCACAAAAAUCUUCAUCCUAAAAAUGUCCAACUCGCAAAGUCCUGGACUGAUCUAAAUUUGUUCAACACUGAGAGGAGGGUCCCCCAAAUCCUCAGCGAUCUCUGAAGGAAAAGCGGCAGUCGACAUGCAUUCUAGCUCUCUCUCGCUCUCUCUCUCAGAGAGGAAAGGAAACACUUUCUGUGCUUGACACUGACGAUCUGGAGCCUGGAACUAAAAACCUACCAUUUACCUUGAGAACCAAUGGCUCUUAUACAAGGUCUGAUAAUGGAAGUGGUUUUGCACCACACAACAGUGGUGGACUGGCUUAGGGGAUUUUAGACUUUUUCCAGGGCAUGGCAUACAAAUCCUACCCAUGCCUCACUCUGAGACCAUUUUCUUCUCUAAAGUAUCUUUCUAAUCACUGAGCACAAGAUUAAAAAAUGGAAAAAAAAAAAAGGUGAAUUAUUUAAUCCAACCUGACCAGCAUUGAUUAUCAGGUCUUUGGGUCAAGGCUAUCCUUAUGGUGACUAGACCACACGUGUACUCUGUAUAGGCUUUAAUUGGAAAACGGCAUGUGAAUUCAUUGACGGGAAGGGAGACGGAACCCGUAUCGAGAAUAUGUACACAUGUGAUGGAGAAAAGGAAGGUGGCUUCAGAGGAUGGGCAAGAAGUGACAGUUGGAUCCCUGCAAAUAUUAGUUGCUGUCGUGGAUCGUGUAAGGAUAAUGGUUGUAGCUAAAAAAAACAAUUUCCCCAAGUGAAUUCAAAUUCGUUUCAUUGAGAGAAUCGGAUACAAGACCCUUGGCGCUGACUGGACAGAUGGCAGUCUGACCUUGAACCAGUGCCUAUACAUUUGUAAAAAGAAUGGCUGCAGCACGAAUGAAUGUACUGUACUUGCCACGUCUUAAAAAAAAAAACCAGCAUUGAAGCUCUUUAGACAUCACAGGGCUCAACUUGUAUUUUAGUAUAUAGAAACAAAACCAGGUGAUGAGUUUAGAAGCCACCUUUCUUCUCUGCGGAGGGGGGAUGAAUGCAGGAGGGGAGCAGUUUUCUUUUGACUUUGGAUGACUAACACAGACUUGCCUGUGUUGUGUAUUUCUUGUGGCGCUCCUUUGCUUCUCGAUUUGUGAUUUUUUUUUUUUUCUCCCCUGCUCAGGUGUCUUUUUUCUUCUAGUUUGUAGCAACAGGAAUGUCUUUAGAUUCUCAGACUGCUUGUCGUUUUAGUUUUAGCCAGUAUAUUAUUUUCGCAGCCAGCGUGUGCUUGAUCUGUUUCUAACAUGUAAUGCUUUAGAACAAAAAAAAUAUAUAAAGUUCUGUCAUCGGAGCCAAUGUGUUUCCAUUUAAGUGUAGUGAUCUGUUGAAAUUUUGUGAUCUUACCCGUUAUCACCAUCUAAAGGCAGCACUUAAAGCGAGUCAUCCAUCAGUGGGAUGUAAAUACGAAGUAAAAACAAGCAGUGUCAUAUCCUGGAAAGACGCUGUCAAGAACUGAGUACAUUUAUUCAUUCAUGGUAUAAAAUUAAUAUGUUGAUUUGCAGAUGAUCACAAGUUUGAAAAUAUUGGAUAUUGCACAGUAAUAAAAGAUCAAACCACCCAAAAAGGGUCAAUUUGUUUUUUUUUUUAUAUGUUUGCUCUUGAGUUUCCUUUUGACUUGUCCUUGUUUAUGUACUUCAAUUUUUUGCUUGAUCUGCUCUUGAAACUUUUUCUUCUGCCUUCGAAUUUUUUCCAAUUCUGCUUUCCUCUUGGCCUCCAUAUCCGGAUCCUGGAAUCACACAAAACAAAAUCUAAAAAAAUUAUCCUCAGGGCAUCAUAGAUAAUGCCUAUUCUAAGCAUUUGACCCUUCAAAUUAUGCAUCCACUUGCAUGUGAGCCUGAAGUGAAGCAAAACGAAACUUGCCUUUCCUUCCAGGAUCAGUUGUUUCCUUUUGUUGAUCUCCUUUUUCUCAUUAAAAUCUGUAGACUCCAAUCUCUGAAGAAAACGGUUCACAUGAAAACCAGUAAAAAAAAAAAUCUAUGCUAUGCAUUCAGAUAAAUGACGAAAAGAUCGUACUAUUUCACACUCUCGUUUGGUCACAUUGACCUGCGUGAGGAUCUUGAGGACGUCUUUCUCCACCACUGGAAACUCUUUCAUUUUACUCUCUGAGGGGGGAAAAAACAAGAUAGUUUUGUAUUGAAACUGGAUGGUAUAACUACAAAACUCCAAAUUGAGAUUUCUUUUUAAAGGAUUGUUCAUGUCUUACGGCUUUGCUCUUCGAUGGCAUGGACGAGAUGGAUGUCGUACUGUGUCACUAGUGUAAUGGACACCCCGUUCCUGCCUGUAGUGGGGAUGCAACAUCAUGAGUUAUAACCUGACAAACAUUUUUUUUUUCCUUAGCAUUUUUGAAGGUCAAGAACUGGUAGCUACCUGCUCUGGCUGUCCGGCCAACUCUGUGGAUGUAGAUUUUGGGCAGGCCAGGAGUGUUGUGAUUGAUGACUACCUGUACAGUUGGAAUAUCCAAGCCCCUUUUGGAAAGAUGAGGUGAAUAUGGAUGAUCAACCACAUUACAAACCGCUUCCCUCCCACAAAAAUCAAGUUUUAAUUAGGGCUGUCAAAAUUAUCGCGUCAACGGGCGGUAAUUAUUUUUUUAAAUGAAUCACGUUCAAAUAUUUGGUGUUACGCGCCUUCUGCUGGCGUUUGGGUCCAACUGAUUUUAUGGGUUAGUACCAUGAGUGAGCAUGGUGUAAUUAUUGACAACAA